AUGGCAGAGAAAGAGAACUCAUCACCAGAAACACCGUCUCUGAUUCCGUCACUUCCAGAAGACAUCAUCAUUGACAUCUUAGCGCGUGUGUCCAGAUGGGAGUAUCCAACACUCUCCCUCGUUUCCAAGCAGUUCCAGUCACUCGUUGCGUCGCCUGAGCUAUACGCAAGACGUUCUUUGUUGGGAUGCACCGAACACUGCCUCUACGUUGUUCUCUGUGAGGGAGAAAACAAGCGUUGGUAUACUCUCGGACGGAACGCCAACGGUAAUCGCAGCUUGGUCCGUAUCCCUUCACUUCCCCCUCUGACACGCGGUGAGAGCUUUCUCGCGGUGGGAUCUAAGAUAUACGUGUUUGGUGGGACUAAUGACACGAGUGAUUUUAGCAUAGACUGCAGAUCUCACACGGUGCAACCCCUCCCCAGCAUGCCUCUGCCCAUGUCUGAUACAAGGGCUGCUAUCAUCGAAGAUAAAAUUUACGUAAUGGGCCGCUUGGGUGACUUUCAGAAUCUCAUAGUGUUAUUCAAUACAAAAACAAACAUGUGGGAGCCUGAGAUUUUAAAGCCAGACAUCGAGCUGCAUGGUGAGCGCCGGAGCUUGGAUAGUUGUUUGGUGGGUGGGUGGUUGGUGUUGGCUAAUAAGAUGUAUGUGAAUGAUUUUACUAAUUACUGCCUUAUUUACGACCCAAAGGAAAAUAUAUGGAGACCGGAUGAUACGCUGCGUUCCGUAAAGAUGCCUACCGCAUGUGUUAUUGAUGACAUGUUAUACUACUUCCCUACAUUUCUUGAUUUUACUGACAACGAUGAUUACGUUGCUAUAAAUAUAAGAACCUAUGAUCCAAAGCGGAGUUGUUGGGGAGUGGUGAAAGGUUUGAAUAAGCUGUUUUCUAAGAUGAGAAGUUUUCGGUGUAUUCACGCUGCGAAUUAUGGUGGGAAGCUGGCUUUGUUUUAUAGUGGAAGAUAUGGAAAUUAUUGUACAAGAUAUGGAAAUUAUUGUACAAGAAGAGACGUAAGAUCCAAGAAGAAGAUUUGGUAUGUGGAGAUUUUGCUGGAAAGACGUCAUGGAGGAAAGAUUUGGGGUACAGUUGAGUGGUGUGGUAAGGUCCUGGUUGCUAAGGAUUCUUGCAAUGUGCUGAAAUGUCUGAAUGUUAUCGUUUGA